AUGCUCAUAACUCCUCACAUCCAAGACUUACCUUCCGAAGUAUUCGACCACAUCAUAGAGCACGUGAUCAUUACUCUGGGCAUAUAUCGGGCGGUGCCCUUGCGCCGUGUGAGCAAGACAUUUGAUGCCGCGAUACUGCACGCCAUUUGCAAACGCAGAAUCAUUGAUGUUCAGCACAAGGCUACCCCAACCCUUUUAGAAAGAUUAUCGCCCGAAUUUCGAGCACGCAUCUUCUUGCAACCAUCUCGCUCUAUUGAAUGCGAGAUCCACAUCUACGUGUCGGUAGUAGCUACCACGAAUGAAGCUUUGGACGUAUACUUUCAUCACGAAAGUGAGAAGGCAAGAUUUCAACGGCAUCAACUGGUGGCCCAGAACAUCUGCUUCCCUCACUUUGGCCUUGUGACAGAUGUCGAUGAUGCCACUUUCAAGAUGUCUCUCAACUACAUUCGGCAACAACAACAAAAGGCAAACGGCUACUCCACUCCAUGGAUGAGGCAGUCAAUGCUCGAAGACCCUGUGACGCAAGCUCAGAAUUUGUUGAGUGCUGCUGCACUUUGUGGAGAUCUGAUCGUCGUGAAAGACGUUUUCACUUCUGCGGAUCCUGCUUUGCUGUCGAACAAUCGUUCGUGGACGCCAUUUUAUCACCGACCCUUGAUACUGGCUGCAGCAGCUGGCCAUUUCGAAGUCGUCGAAUAUCUUCUUGAAAACGGUGCAUGCCUUGAACGUGACGAAGAAGCAGAGCUCACCAUCCUUCACGGACACACCCGAAUUCGAAUACGUACCAGAGAAGAAAAGUUUGGCCCGUGGCAUCUGGCGGACCCUGCGCCAAAGUGGAGAUCCAGCGAGUGGAUAGAUUGGGCCGACAUUGCUGAACUUCCACGUCAUCCGCUCUCGGCUGCUACACGUAACGGGCACACAAACAUCGUGCACUUACUCCUCAAGAAUGAGUAUCGCCUGCCACUAGAUGACACCAUGUAUCUCAAAGCAAUGCUUGGUGGAGCAAUGGCUGGAAGACUAGACCUGGUGGAAUUGCUGCUCCAUACAGUAGGCCGAUCCUUGAACGAUAUUCGAGGUCUUGGCCAAAUGCUAUUGCACUAUGCUGUGGUCGCGGGUCAGAUAGACUCGGUGAAUAGGCUUGAAAAGUGGGGACUUGAUCGGAACGCCUGCUUGCAUCGCGAUACAGAUCUCUGCUCAGGGAGCUUUUUGAUCAACCCGGACAGCCGGUUUGGAUCUUUUGCCUAUCCUUUGAUGAUCGCUGCGUCGAAAGGUGAUCUUGAGAUGACAAAAUUCUUGAUGAGCAAAACGCCCGACCAGUCCUUUAUGGAAACACCCAAGUAUGAGCGGCCCGUCGAGCUAGCUGCAAAGCAUGGGCACGAGGAGGUCAUGCGGCUGUUACUGAAUUAUGGCGCAGACCCUGGCAUGGCCUUUGUUGCUGCAAGCUCGUCCGGACAAAUGCAUUUGAUGAGGUAUCUAUUGGAGACAUAUCCAGACUUGAUUGAUCCGGACAUUCAAGCCAGUAAAACCGCACCUAAUGGCCGAAUAAUUGGACAGCUCGCUCUGAAAAGGGCAACGAAAGCGUGCCAUUUAGCUGCGAUGACAUAUCUGGUGCAGGCCGGAGCGUCACCAGACCACGGUGCUACACCGGCUAUGACACGACGCAACUUUCCGACUGGAACUCGGCCUAUGCAGAUCGCGAAAGAUACGGGUAAGCAAUUUGUUGUCGAUCAUCUGGUUUCUCUCGGGGCGCGGGAGAACGUCUUAGAUCGCGAGAAGAAAUUGCUCGACUACGAGUCGUAUUGUCGAUUCAAUGCGGUAGUCCCGUUCCCAGAUACCUGGGAGUGGAUGAGUAAAUAA